UGGAAUAGCAUUCUAUAGGCACGAGAGCCGGGAGUUGCAACUAUAAUUUGAGGCGUGGGGAGCAGACCUACGCCAUAGGCUAUAACACCAAUAUGUUCAGCGCUCAUGUGCAGGAAUACUGCCUUGCAACCACACUGUAUAGCAGGCAAGUGGACCUCAGCGAAUUCUGCAGUGCGGUACCCUUUGAGGAGAACUUUGCAAGAAAUUUGUUCAAUUUCUUUGACCAAAAUGGAGAAGGACUAAUCAGGCUUUCCAGCGUGAUUCAGCAGCUUGGUGAAUUUGAGAUGUUGCCACCAAUUGAGAAACUGCGAUACAUUUUCCACGUUAUUGAUACUGAAGGUACAGGACUGGUUAACAUGGAGACACUGCUGAAGCAUUUGGGACUUUGGGUCGACGUUCAAUCGUCUGGCCUCACCAGCCAACAAGUACAUUCUGUGGCCAGCGCAGUUUUUACAACUCAUGGAAAUGCAGAUGUAGUGUCAAUUGAAGAAGUUAUCAAGACAAUUGAGGAUAAUAAAGCAUUGAUGGCGGUUAUGACAAGCGUCCAUCAGAAUCAAGUCCUCGCCAAUGAGCAGCAAAGCAAAGGGCACCCUCAUCGAUCAAGCAGAACACCAUUUCCUUUCAAACUUCCUCGUCGAUUUUGUUCCGUUAAAUAUAUUGCUUACAAUAAGCGAAAGAUUGUAGUCUUCCUGUUUAUCAUCUUUGUCAAUAUGUUCAUGUCCGGUUACGGAGCUUGGAAAUACAGGGAGCAUAACUGGUGUGUCAUUAUAGCUCGAGGAUGUGGUGCCUCCUUAAACGUAGCGGUUGUCAUGGUGGUAAUGUUUAUGUUACGGUACUGGGCCACGCGUAUGAGGAGAACACGGAUGGCAAAGCUUCUUCCGCUGGAUAACUUCCUGAUGUUUCACAAAAUGCUAGGCGUCAUCGUGGCCUGCUACUCGUUAGUACAUACAGUCGCACAUGUUGGAAACGCAAUAUUGAUGACGCAACUGUCGACUAAUGGACUUAGUCUUUGGGAUGUGCUUUUCACCUUUAAAGCUGGAGUGGGCUACGUGAAGCACAGUGCAUAUAUUACCGGCUGGGUUCUAAUCAGCUGCCUCCUGGUACUCAUAUUGGGGUCAACUAACUAUGUACGACAACUACAUUUUCAGAUUUUCUUCAUGAGUCAUCUCCUUUACUUGCCGUUCAUCAUCACCCUGCUACUUCAUGGCCCAAACUUUUGGAAGUAUUUGGUUAUUCCUGGAGGAUUAUUCGUUGUGGAGAAAACAUGGAGCAGCGAUCUGUUAAAGAGACUUCGAUAUGGACGGACGUACAUAGAAGAGGUUCAUUUGCUUCCUAAUGGGGUUGCUCACUUGAAGAUGACCAGGCAUCGUAAUUUCAAGUUCAAUCCCGGAGAUUACGUCUUUCUACACAUCCCAGUUCUACAGAAGUAUGAGUGGCAUCCCUUCACAAUCAGUAGUGCCCCUGAUGAUACUGAAACCUUAUCGUGUCAUAUACGAUCACUGGGUGAUUGGACCAAAAACUUGUACAAGUUUUUUGAGACCCACACAGGACAGCAAAGAGUUGACAGUUACAUAGUGGACAACAACAAUGCAAGCACACCGAGUAAAAAGAGCACUCAGACAACCGGGUCCACUGUUACCAGAGUGAGACGAAGAAGUGCAUCUUUCCGUGCAAAUCGUCAGGUGUAUAUCGAUGGACCAUAUGCAACACAGUCUUGCCGUGUUUUUGAGACUGAUCACGCGGUUCUCGUCGCUACCGGUAUUGGUGUAACUCCAUUUGCAUCAAUCUUGUACAGCAUUUUACAUCGCUAUCGAAAUUCAAAGCUGACUUGUCCUUCCUGCCAUCACUCAUGGAUUGAGGAUGGUGCAGUAAGGUCAUUGAACCGCCUGAAGAAGGUGGAUUUUGUUUGGAUAAAUCGAGACCCGAAAUCGUUUGAGUGGUUUGUUAGUUUACUCGCUCAGCUUGAAAACCAGCAAGAGGAGACCAUAUUCUCCGAAUUUCUCACCAUCCAUUUAUACAUGACGUCAAAAUCGCGUAAAGAGGAUUCCCGCGACGUCGCGUUGCAGAUGGCACUGGAUCGCAUGUGCCACCAAACUACUUCUGACGUCAUCACAGGACUGAAAACAAGAACUAGGAUUGGACGACCGAAUUGGAGUGAGUUAAUGUCAUCAAUCCAGAAGAGACGUGCUGGCAAAGUAAAAGUAUUCUUCUGCGGCCCAACUAUAUUAGCAAAUAUAAUCAAGUCCCAAGCUCAGAAACAUGGCUUCCUUUUCUGUAAAGAAAUAUUUUGAUUAAUUGAAAAUAAAUUAUAUAAAUUAAUUGGAUUUUGUCGUUUAUAAGUAGCCACUAUUUUCAAUUAGCGAUAUUUAUAUUUCGUUAACCGUCGCUGACCAUGAUCCUUAUAGAGUACAUAGUGAAGUGGAAGCAAUGUAUCUAUUCAAAUAGAUUUUACAUCCUUUAUAUUUAUGUAGGUUUAUAUAUUUACGCAUGCAUCCGAAAUUAAUAAACUAAAAAGAACUGA